AUGGUGGCAGCAACCGCCCGCGGUCUCGCCGAGCCCCCGCCCAGCAGCACGGCCGGCGGGGCGCCAGGUCACCACGCAGAGGAACUAGUUCCUGUGGAGAGAGGAUGGCCUCCUGCAGGGAUUUCUGAAACUGCAUGCAGCAGGGAGUUAGUGCGAGCUGAGGGUUGGUGUUUCCCGUCUCACACUGCCGGGGCUCUAGCAGUGCACAGCUGCAGCAGUCUGCAGGCAGAGCUACAGGCGCAUGCUGCUAUUGUGAGAGGAAAGCUCAACCCAAGGUUCCCCUCAUCAGUGUGCAGACAGCCUAUGGCAGCAGGUCAUAGAGACAGCCUAGGGCAGCAGAACACACAGGCAGCUGAUAUAGAGGAGAGUGAAAAGGAGAGAAAAACAAGUCAAGCAACGCCUGUGGCAGACCAGCCUUUUUUUCCCUCUGUGAUGGGGCAUGUGUCUAAGAAACUCUCUGUCAUGAAAACUCUUGUGACUUUACCCAGCAGUCAUGCUGCAAUAGGUUUGGAAAGAAGGAGUAACAGGAGAGCUGAAAUAGAAAAGAAACAGGUGAAUAGUGCAGCAUUCAAACACACAGGGAAGAUUGAAACUAGAAAUAGGUUGAAAAAUAUGUUUGGCCACCUGUCUGUAAUUGGAGCUGUGAGCUGGAAUCAUUACAUUCUUGGUUCAUGACUAGUUUCUGUUCAUCACCAUGAUGUUCAGGUUGCUCAGCACCAUGGUGGGACUUUUUGCCAAAACAAACAAGGCAUUUGCAGCCUGAAAUGGUUACUAACCAACCAGUUGCUGGCAGGUGGGUCUGGUGGUGGUAUAUUGAAUAUCUGGCCUAGUGACCCUAGUAAAUUGCAGUCACAGCCACUGAAAACCAUACAUUCCUCAGCAGUUAAGGCUGUAAACUGGUGUCCUUGGCAGACCAAAGUCCCUGCUACAGGAGGUGGAAUGAAAGAUGGGAUUUUCAGUAUCUGGGAAAUAAACUGUGAGAAAAUCCUCCAAAGUGCAGCUACAGAUUCUCAGAAUUUUAAAUUGCAAUGGAUUUGUUCUUUGCUCUGGUUACCCAAAACCAGCGAACUGAUGAUAGGACAAGGCCUUCUUGGAAAUCAGAUGAAAAUAUGGAAGUAUCCCAUGUUUUUCAAUUCAUCAGAACUCUAUGCCAGACAAGUGCAAUCCUCUUGUGUUCAUGGAAAACUCAGGUCACAAAAGGAGAGUCUUGACCUGAGCCCAGAUCAGAGCAAGCUCCUUUCUGCUGCAACAGGUGGGAUGGCUUGUCUAUGGAAAUGCCAUGAAUCUGUGGAGAGCAAACACAGCAGCAAGGCUUUUAUACAAUGGUUAUUUGAGCUCAUUCUUACAACUUCUUUUCCUUGA